AGAACGUCAAUUUAUUAUGUGUGCAUUCAGUUUGCUUAGUGUUGUUAUAAGAGCUGAUAAGCAACUUUUACAUGUUAUAAUCAUGUCGUAAGCUGAAAUUGGGCUAACUAUCAAACCGUGGAAAUGAUAUAACCACUUUACACGCAUUACAUUUGAAGAAAAAAGAAACUUAAAAAAAUGAGACGCCAAUCGUUCGUCUUCAUAAAAUCACUUCUUCGUAAGUUUCGCUGACGUCGGUCCAGUUUUUAGAUUGCUGAUCGUUCAGCAAAUAAAUAAUUAGUGCUUAAGUGGCAAAAUUAUGAAUUGGUAUCACAUAUCAUUGUUGCUGUGCUUUUUCGGUUUUCUCAAAGAAAUUCGACCGUCAGAGCCAUUUAUUAGUGAUUAUAUGCAACUACCAUACAGAAAUGUGACCUCAGAAGAAUUGAAUCGAUAUGUCUACCCAGUGGCGACCUAUUCAAAUCUCGUGCUGUCUGUUAUCGUUCUGCUGAUUACCGACCUUUUGAGAUAUAAGCCAAUCAUCAUAUUGAAUGGAAUAUGCGGAAUUGUAACAUGGUCGUUGUUGCUUUGGACAAAAUCAUUUCAUAGUGCGCAGCUGACCCAAGUAUCUUAUUCGCUAUAUGUGGCGUGUGAAGUGGCAUAUUUUGCAUACAUUUAUGCCAAAGUGCCGAAAGAACAUUUUUUAGCUGUAUCAUCUCAUACACGGGCCGCAUUAUUGAUGGGACGAUUUAUCUCCGGUAUUUUAUCGCAGCUAUUCUUAUACUUUAAUCUAAUGGACAUACACACAUUAAACUAUUUUACACUGGGAGCACAAAUAGCAGCCACUUCAAUCACAGUAUUUUUGCCGAGCGUGCGACAGAGUAUUUAUUUUUAUCGAGAAAAAACAUCAAGCGAUGAAAUCAUUCAAGAAAGUCACAGUAAUUAUAAAUGUCAUUUAAGCGAUAGCCAAUCAGUCGAAUGUGAUAAAUGUCAACAAGCGUUUACUUUGAUGUGGAAACAAUUAAAAUGCGCCUAUUCAAAUCGACAAAUUGUACUAUGGAGCGUUUGGUAUGCAUGCGGAAUGUGUGCAUUUGUGCAGUUUUUCUCUUAUGUGCAGCUAGUGUGGAUUGAGAUUGACAAUCGGCCAGAGGUGAUGUGGAAUGGUGCCAUUGAAGCAGUUGCAACUUUAUUUAGUGCAGCAAUUGCAUUGCUAGCUAGUCGACUGCAUGUAAAUUAUAUAAAUACAAAAUUUAAAAUUCAGCUGGUACUAUUUGCACUGUCGAUGUCUGCGAGUGGUGCUAUAUUUGUUGCGUCGAACGCACCAAAUCGUUUCUUAUCUUACGUCAGCUAUAUACUAUUCUGCAUGUUUUAUAAUUUUACUAUAACCAUAUCAAGCGCCGAAAUUGCAAAAGAACUUCCCGAUGACAGUUAUGGAUUGAUAUUUGGUGUGAACACAUUUUUCGCAUACUGUUUGCAAAGCAUUUUAGUCGCAAUUGUAGCAACAGAUACAUUUGAACUCAAAUUAAGUAUCAUUCAACAAAUGAACGUGUAUGGUGGAUUUUUGGCUAUUGUGGGCUGCUUAUAUGCAUUGCUGAUGGUGAUAUCGAGCCUACCGUCAUCAAAUGAAACGAACACUAAAAAAUCCGAUUUGAAUAGGAAUUCGGUGGUCGACGAAAAUUAUGUGACUAUAUGAAAAUUGCUUCUAUUUCGAAGCGUUGUUACUGUGGUAGUUUUUAAUUUAUAUUUAUAUGUAUACAUUAGUUUGAGAGAAACCCAAAUGAAAAUUAGUUGCCAAUG